AACCUAAUCAUCUUUUUGAGAGGACUUUCAGCCUCUUUCAUCAGGAAACCGUGAGACCGAUGAGCACAGUCAAAUCACAUCUGACCUUUGGAACCUGAGCAUGGAGCUCACUCAGUCCUGAUCAGCAGGGAGAAAUGAAGGCAGCGUGAAAUCUUUACCAAUGGUUUGAUUCACAGGAAUUUAGCAUAAACUGACUCAUUCUCUCUCUCUGUGGUAGCAUGAGUGAGAGAUCAUAGUAAGUGUAUUUGUGAAAAUAUAAAAAUGUUUCUCUUCUGGAUCUUGGAAACCUGUGAAUGGACACCUUUUAAUACAAACCCAGUUGACUGUUUUCUUCAAGGUCUUGUGGGUGCAUGCGGAGUAUCAGUGCUGUUCAAUCUGACUAGAGUUUACCACUUCAUUCAAACAUGCAGUGAUUCUGAAACUGAAAGUAAACCGAGGUCACCCUCACCCAUCAACCCCCUGAGAGGGAACUGGAAGACAUUGCUCCAGUUCUGGUCCCUGACGUUCCUCCUCUCUCUGGUGGGAUCAAGGGUUUCCUCUCUCAUUGUGCUGGAGUUCUCACUCAGAGCUGUUUUGGCCUGGGCGUCAGCGGGACUGGAUGCUCGUGGCAGAGGCAUAGACCUCCUCCUGAUCCAGUGCCAGUUUUCCCUGGGCUGCUGCCUCACCUGUACUAUGGUCUUCCUCCAUCAGGGGGCUCCACACAGCUCCCUCAGCUUGUUCCUGGCAGCUGCGCUCGGCUGGGCACUGGCAAGCGUCUGCCACAAUCUGUGGAGCCAUGUGGCCAGACUCUACCCGCUGCAUAGCACAGAGCGUUACUGUGGGAAAUGCAUCACCCUCCUGACCUCUGGACACACCAUACUGGCUUCGCUGCAAAGAGUGGUUGUCUUGGUUUUUGCUCUAGCAACUGUGGCUUCCACCGCUAUGGUUUACGACCACUUCCUGUCCCAGAAGGAUGCUCUGAAGUUUUGGACUCCGCUGACACUCUGCUACACUCUGCUGGUGGUCUACAUUCAAGAGGAUCAGCAGCGGCAGACUGGUGCAGAGGCCCUCCUGCACACUGUAGUGCUGCGACUGGGAGCCUUAUUGGUGCUCAUGCUGACAGUGGGUGACUGGUCUGACGUCCUCCAUGUCCUCAUCACUUUCCUGGGAGAGGCAGUAUGUCUGCUGCCCUCACAGGACCUCCUGCAGGCUGUGUUAAAGGAAGAAGAGGAAACAAGUCUGAGCAGAUAUGAACAGAGCUCCGGUCACAGAACAAGGGAACGCACAAGGAAAAUACACACAGACAGCUGAUGAAGUCUACCUCAAACAACAGUGACUACCUCAAACACUAAAAGAUUCAAUAUUACCAGUAAUAAAAUGAUUCUUCUGGUCUCACUUUA